AUGAAGUCCAUUGCUUCGAAACUCAGGGUUAUAUUCAAUUCCAAAGACAAAGCACGUCGUGUCACGCUGCAACAACAUGAUGAAGUCAGUCCUCCGAGUCCGGCUACCGAUCUCGUGCCGUCGCCACCAACGGCACAGACAGCACUAGCAACAGCAAGAACAGACCUGCCCCCUCAAACGGUGCUGUUUGAGCCGGAAGACGCCAUUUCGUUAUGGAAUGAUGCCUAUGACAGUUUGAGGGCCAAAGACGAGCCGUUAGUGACUGCAUACGAGAACUUGCUUUCACAAGAGUUGCGAUCCGAAGAAGAUAGUCAUGACCGCAACGAGAGUGAAUCGGACAAUUGCAUCGACAACGAAGAUGUCAAUCACCGACAUAAACAAUUACAGAUGAUCAUAAGAAAUGGUCAGCGACGAGCCGAAAAGGAAAGGACUACAUACACAAUCUUCGGCAAGACCUUCACCGUACGGGAUCAAGCAUCUCGAACCGCUGAGUUCGUCAAAAGCGUGAAAACGAUUGUGGACGAAGCGGUUAAGGCGUCACCGGAGGCAGCCUUAGCUUGGGCCGGUAUUUGCACAGUACUACCGAUUUUGAUCAAUCCUGCAUCUGCAGAGGCGUCUCAACAAGAAGGGUUCGCAUACGUUACAUUACGUAUGCAAUUCUAUGGGCAGUUAAAGAGCCAUCUGGGACUAGACGGUAUCCAGAACGCGACUGAGUUAAGACUACAGCUCAGCAAUAGUCUUGUUAAUUUAUAUCAGCAUAUGCUUGAGUUUCAGAUCAAGGUUGUCAUUCGGUUAUACGAGACGCGACUGAAGCGGCUGAGACAUGAUAUAAUAAAGCAUGAAGAAUGGAAUGCAAUGCUUGCCAAGAUUAAAGAGGCAGAAACCACCUUCGAUAGGGAUAUGAAGAUGUUCACUGGCCUGUCACUGGAAACGGAGCUGAAACGCCUCAACGAAAAGGUGGCCCGGUUUCUGGAUGACUUAAGAUCGACGCUACCCGUUGCAAGGGAGGCUAAAAAGUCUCGAUCGCCUAUUCACAGCGGUUAUGGAGACCAGUACGCUGCCUUUGAUGCUGCAACCCAGAACAAUAUCUCGGGCAACGCCGUUCAGUACGCUGGAGGAACGUUCUACGGACCUGUUAGCAGUGGCAGGGACAGGUAA